UCCAGCCUCAAACCCGCUGCGAUCUCAGUGGUGGAAAUGUUGGAUACGGGGAGGGUCGACUUUCAGAUGACAUUGACGCUAUGUAGAUGAGAGCGGGGAUCUGUGCUCCAUGUAACGUCCCUGGUCUCUGAAGUUAGACGGUGGCGCAAGGCGAAGCUGCUCCCUUUUCUGUCUUCUUUACCCCUCUCCUUCAGCACCACUCUUUUGGACAGCACCACACUAGACGUAAUUUGCUCACGUUUACCUCUCAGGAUAAUAGUUUUGAUUUCAUUUUUUCAAAUGGAAAAGUUUUUCUUUGGUUUGAUCCUGUAGAAUUUCAAGAAAACUACUUUGGGAAUCCAGCAACGCACGGAUAUUACCACCGACAAAAUACUGGCUGAAAAUACAAUUAUUCUGCUGUCUAUUCACUACUGGCACGCUGUCCCUACUUCUCUUGAUUUGCUACCAAAUCUACGGUCCAAGGACUGGGUAACGAACCGCGAAACUGCUGUCUACGUGGACUGGUGCUGAAAUCUCCCGUCCACCUGUCAGGACCUUUGUAAAAAGCAGAGACAUGGCGACUAAUGGUACUAAAGCCUCGGAUGGACACGUCCUGACUGAGGUGAAUGAGGCGCCCACUACCAAUGACAAACCCAAAACCCUGGUUGUUAAAGUCCAGAAGACGAAAAAGGAACUCCCCGAAAGAGAAACAUGGGCUGGGAAAUUUGACUUCCUUCUGUCAUGUGUUGGAUACGCAAUUGGACUUGGAAAUGUCUGGAGAUUUCCUUAUCUUUGUGGGAAAAACGGAGGAGGCGCCUUCUUGAUCCCAUACUUUUUGACCCUCAUAUUUGCUGGUAUGCCCCUGUUUCUGCUCGAAACGGCCCUCGGUCAGUACACGUCGAUUGGAGGGCUUGGGGUAUGGAAACUUGCCCCAAUGUUCAAAGGUGUGGGCCUGGCCGCUGCAGUGCUUUCUUUCUGGCUAAACAUCUAUUACAUUGUAAUCAUUGCCUGGGCCAUUUACUAUUUGUACAGCUCCUUUACAACUGAGCUACCAUGGAAAUCCUGUGGCAACUCAUGGAAUACAGAUCGGUGUUACAGCAACUACAGCAUCGCAGAUGCCACCAACCUGACUAGCGCAGUGGUGGAGUUUUGGGAACGUAAUAUGCAUCAGAUGACUGAUGGGCUGGACAAGCCAGGUGAGAUUAGAAUACCUCUUGCAAUAACGCUGGCCAUAGCCUGGGUCCUGGUCUACUUCUGUAUCUGGAAAGGUGUCGGCUGGACUGGAAAGGUGGUGUACUUCUCUGCCACCUACCCCUACUUCAUGCUCUUCAUCCUCUUCUGCCGCGGGAUCACUUUACCUGGAGCCAUAGAUGGAAUCCUCUUCUACAUCACCCCUGAGUUCAGCAAGCUGAAGGAAUCGGAGGUGUGGUUGGAUGCUGCCACUCAGAUCUUCUUCUCCUACGGACUGGGCCUCGGGUCACUGAUUGCACUUGGAAGUUACAAUCCAUUCAAUAACAAUGUUUACAGGGAUUCAGUCAUUGUGUGCUGCAUCAACUCCUUUACCAGCAUGUUCGCCGGCUUAGUCAUUUUCUCUAUUGUCGGCUUCAUGGCAAACGUGACAAAGAGGCCUAUUGCUGAUGUGGCUGCGUCAGGUCCAGGACUAGCCUUCUUGGCGUAUCCCGAGGCAGUGACUCAGCUGCCUAUCUCCCCACUAUGGGCUAUCUUGUUCUUCUCCAUGCUCCUCAUGCUUGGAAUUGACAGUCAGUUCUGCACCGUGGAGGGCUUCAUUACUGCCUUGGUGGACGAGUUCCCACGGGUUCUCAGGGGAAGACGAGAGCUCUUCAUCGCUGGCGUCUGUUUCAUCUCGUACAUCAUCGGCCUGUCCAACAUCACACAGGGUGGCCUCUACGUGUUCAAACUGUUUGACUACUACUCGGCCAGUGGAAUGUGUCUGCUCUUCCUGGUGUUCUUCGAGUGUGUCUCCAUUUCCUGGUUCUAUGGUGUGGACAAGUUCUAUGACAACAUCCAGGAGAUGAUUGGCUACAGACCCUGUCUGUGGUGGAAGGCCUGCUGGGUUGUGUUCACUCCUCUUAUCGUGGCUGGAGUGUUCAUCUUCAGUGCUGUCCAGAUGGUUCCUCUCAAGUUGAACAACUAUGUGUUCCCAAAGUGGGGCCAGGGUGUGGGCUGGUGUAUGGCCUUGUCCUCAAUGCUCCUCAUACCCGGCUACAUGGUCUACAUGUUCCUCUCUCUGAAGGGCACAUACAAAGAGCGUCUGCGGUCAAUGAUCAAACCAGUGGUAUUGGUACCCAAAGCCCAAGAGAAUGGGCCUGAACAGCAGACAGAAAGCGUUAACCCACCCAAUGAGGAAGCUUAUAUCUAAACCCCAUCUCAAAGGUCUACUGUCACGCAGAAAACGUAAUCAAGGUUGAGCACAACCAAGGACUUCCAUGUCUGAAAUAUAAUCACCUACCUCCAGGGGAAAAAUGUGACCAACCUGAUUACAUUGUUUUGUUUAGUUAUGUUUGUAAAAAAGAGGAAGAGGAAAGACAAACUACCCAGCAAUGUUCUUGUGAUAGUUUGUAUUUCAUAUGCAAAAAUGUUAGUCUUUCUAAAAUGUGACCUAGAAUUACUGUAAUUUGAAAUAUAAUUUAAAAUUUGAAGGCCCAAUGUGAUUCAACAGUAUUGUGCUAAUUUCAGAUAUUUACAAGUAAUUAAUCCAUUAAAAUACUAUUAUUGUACAAAGAAAAAUAUAGAUUAAAUUCAGUUUGUUUGUAUUUUUAAGAAAUACAAAUAAGUGAAUGCAAUGUUGUAGGCGAAUAAAUGCAAUAAGAAAAUUGCAUAAUGGGAACGAAGUAUUGACCAAUUAUAAGCAAUGACCACAUGGGAAUGUGCAAAGGGCCAAAUCACCUUCUACAUGACAUCCCUCAGCCAGACUAUCACACUAUUUCCAUGAUCCUGCAGUUUGCCACUAAAGUUUACCACAGCCCUGGGGCGACCUUUGAAAGCACAAAGCCAGUAUGAAUUUCAAAUCAUCAAACCCUUUCAUGACAUUGAGUACUUUACAAAAACAGAUUAACCUAUAGCGAGAGACUGUUACAAUUGUAUCUUUGUUUUCUAAAGAACAACAAGUUUGUAUGUGUCUGAAACUUUUUUUAGAAUCAUUUUUAGGAUGUUUUCUAUGUAAGAGUGAAAAGGACCAAAAUCAUACUCAUGUAAAAGGAUUUAAUGGAGAACACGUAACACUUAUAUUUUAAACUAUUGGAAAUGACGCAUCCCAGUUGUCACUGCAAGAAAUAGGGUACAAGUUUCAUCCUCAAAACAACAUGUGAGCAGUGACAAUGGACACCCCAUGGUGACACACCUGCUGAAUCAGUUGACCUAUAUUAGCAUCCCACUCCUCAGGAACUAUGGUGGAAGUGACCAAAUUCUCUGCUGAAACUACACUGAGAUAAGAGCUGUGAAGACCUUCAACCAAUAAUCAGUCCUCUAAGUAGAAGCCAUAGUGUGUUUUCAUGAUGUGCAGGUUCCAAUGGCAGCCUAUGAGAGAGAAACUUUUAAUAGACCCAAAAAUCUGUUCUACACUGAAAGGGUCAAUGCCACUGACAGUAUUCCUUCGUUUUUUUUUAUUUGAUAAAGGAAAAGUAUUAUUAAGUAUGUAGUACUGUAUACAGAUGGAUUGAUAAAUAUUGGCCAAUGAUCUAUUUCUUUAAGGAUAAUGCUAGUUUGCUAUGGCAGCUACAUGUGACAGGGAACUGGUCAAAUUAGUUCUAUUACACUGCAAAGAUAUGACUAAAAUGUGCAAUGAAUAACGGUUCCAUGAAUUUUGUAUAAAGUUACCAUACUGCAGUUUUCUCUCUUCAAUGAUGUUGUAAAACUGUACUGUGUAAUAAAUGUAACUGUGAAUGUCUGUAUGACCUGACGUUUUUGUCUUAAUGUUGAUAAAUCUGAUAUUAUUUGCUGUUUUCUGCAAUAAUAUGAUUAUCUCAGAAACUAAAGCACAUAUCUUUCAGAAAUGUGAAAUGCUACUUACAAUAACAAUAAUAGAGUAAUAAUACAAUAAUAGAUUCACUGUCUAGUUAAAGAAAAUUGUUUUGUAUAUUUCUAACUGUUUCAUGGGCCUAAUGUAAAAUAUUCUAUGUAAAAAAUAUAAUAAAUGUCUUUAGAUGGUGUUAUAUGAAAAGCAUGAUUGCCAUAUAUGUUAUCUGCAAAAGUAAAUAAAGAACUAUAGAUUAUAAU